GUCCGGGUUGGAUCACGGGGGCGCGCGGAGGGGCAGGGCGCGACACAGUGCCGUGAAGCCUAACAAUAGCGAUGUCCAUAACAGUGCCUCCUGACCUCUCAAGCCACGGACGGAUGCUACUUUCACCACAGUGUUAAAUAAAUACUGUAGGUCCUUGAGUUUAAUCGGCCAAAAUCGUAACACGUUGUCCAGAUUGCAGUGGGAGUUGGGAGUGAAUUGUUACAUGCUCGUUUGUUAAUGUUAUGAUUACUCAAAUGAACACACGAGGUUAAUUUGACAUUACAAAUAAAAUCACUCCGCUUUGACUGUAGACUCUGCAUCCUGAUCUGUAUAAAUUGGAUGCUGCUGUCUUUGCAUUCACCCAAGGUGCAUCAUAUUGGUUUGUAUUGGAAUAAUUGAAAUAAUUAAAUCGGAAUAAGCCGUAAAAUAUUACAAUUUUAAAUGUCACUUUUUUCAUGCUAGCUAAUGGCAAUUUGCUUAUAUGCCAAAAUGGAUUGAGAAUGCAUGAUGACUGGUACCUGGGGUUCUUAAUCUGAUUGCAGUCACACAACAGUUGUAAUUCAUUUCUCCCCAUCGCUGGUGGGAUCGCAGCCUCCUUACGGAACGCCGUAGUACUUUCAUCGCAGGCUUACCGCGCGGGGCAAGGUGACAUUUGCUGGUGAGAUAAUCUGUAUAGGACUGGAUACGCUGCAGCAUUGCUUUUCGUGCUUGCAAGCAGUACACGGCGGCGUUUUUUUGGCACGCAGAAACGCAUCUGUGGGAGGAAAAGAUAUUUAGUGAACACCGUGGUGAGGAGUGUCGUGGUGCAAACGAAAUCGUUCUUGCAAACGGGAAAAGGUGGCGACAAGUUUGGCCUGUGCCUCAUCCUAAUAAUUUUCCUGUAAACGAGAAACUAACCUUUGCCUCAUUACCCAGCGUCUGCUGAGGUCACUCCCAGGAAAACGGCUGAUGGCUGGUCAAAGGAGCCAGCCUUGCUCGUUAGCUUACUGGCUCGCUCGCUCGCUCAAUCACUUGCUUACUGGUUAAUUCGUUUGCCUGCUUGCUUUUUAUAGCUUGUUUGUUUACACAAUCGCUUACUCGCUUGCUUGCUGGCUAGCUUACGAGCACAUCAGCUUGGUUGCUUACUGAAUUGCUCGCUCGCUUAAUCGCCUCCUUGCUCGUUUGCAUUUUGACCAUCUCGCUCAUUUUCACUUGUUAUGCGUUCAUAUGUGUUGUGCGUGAUGGUUCACGUGACCCUUGCAGUCACUAGAGGUGAUGCAUUCACCACUGAUAAAAAAAAAAUAUGGUGAAUCAAGCAGCUUCCCCGGAUUGUGAAAGUUCUUGGAAACACAAGGGUUACGUGCCUAUUGACAACAGAACAAUGAUAUGGGAUUACCUUUUGUAAUCCAUUUACAGCAAUGUCUUACAUUUUACACACGACUCCCCAUUACUACACACAUCACCCUGUAGAGAAGAAAUCACAGAAUCUUUAAUCGCAUUUGAAACGCCACCUUUAUUUUUUUCAACAAACCUCCGUAAAAAAUAAUUGUGCUGCUCACUACCAUUACGGUAUUAAGAAAAAAAACCCCUCUCUGUUUACAUGAAAACAAUAAUGAUGUUUAAAGACCCCCGCUUGCAGAUUUUGUUGGCCUCUUAUCUCGGCAGGCCUCUGACGAGGAUGAUUUGUCUCUUCUUUUAAUAACCGUUACUAAUGAAUGAGUGCGCAGUGCCAAUUUGCACCGGACUCUCGCGGCUCGGCAACCGCCCACAGAGACGGCGGCGGUGGUGGCGGUGGUGGCGGUGAUGGAGGGGCGUGUGGGUGUUUGCUGUAAAAGGAACACUUUGAUUGUUUUCGGAAGGCGCCCUGGCGAGCCAUUUGCCAAUCCUGCGCUAAUGCUGCUGACACAGAGCAACGCGAGGGAUUGUCUCGGGGAGGAAAACGUUGAAAACAUCCACCCCGGGUUUUGCCCGCGACCCUCCUCCUAGCGCCGCCCGGCAUUGUCCUUCACGCUGGCCUGUUUGCGUUGAGUUUUGACAUACACUCUUGUGUGGCAGGUGACUGCGUGACCUCACUGCGUGUAGGUGCAUGGGAAACACAUUUUUGAUCUCCUGCCCAGACACUAAAUACGUCCCUGCGGAGAGCGAUUGUGGGCCAUGCGGUGAGACGAGAAUAGCGGAGUGAGCGGAGGCAUUUUAAGAAUGAGGCGGUCCCGUGGCCUUGCUGCUGGGUGGAAUCGACCUCUUGAGAUUGCGCAGAACUGUGAACUCGCACUCGUCUCAAUUGCAUUGUUGGUGUAUUGAAUUAAAUAAAAUCAACCGUUGCAGAUAGUUUUUUUGGUGUUUGUAUUUAAUUCUUGUUUCUCUUACGAUGUGAUUUUGGUGGUAUGGUGGGGGGCGUAGGGGGGGGGUUGCCGGUAAAAAUUUCUCCCCUUACUCCAAAAUAAAAAUGUUGCAGAAAUAAAUAAGAAAAUAUAGGCACCUCCUGCUUGGCACUUGGCACUGCUGUGAAGCAGGAUGCGGUACCAUUUUCCCCAGCCCGUUUCCUGGCCCAGCCUGGGUGGAGCGCUCGUCCGUAGCCCCCGGGGCUGCUGCCGCUGUUUGUUCUCCCCCCAUCCCCCCCCCCCUCGCAGGAAACCCAGUGCUGCGCUUGCUCGCGUGCACACUUGCUCGCUUGCGUGCUCUCUCGGCCCGCUCAAGUCGGCUUCUCCCGUCCAGCGGGCCGCCCAAUCUCGGUUAUCCUGGUUGCAGCCGCGGCGUGCGACAUGUAGCUCCGAUCCUUCCCGUCGUUUGCGGCGAAAUAACUCGGGCAGGGAGCGAGGGGUCACGCCAGCCUCCUCCCGGAUCUGGCAUCUACGCCGCCAGAAAAUUUUUUGCACAUUUUUCUUUUCGUUUAGAUUUUUUUGUUCCGCGGAAGGGAGGUUUUGCGAAGCCGUGUGGAUAUGUACGAUCUGAGUGGGUUUAGGAGUGGCAUGCCUCAGAGGAAGCCAGGGAUUUUCUCCCCGUUCAAGCGCUCCGCCGCCAAGAAGGACAAAAAGUCCCAGGAGCGGCUGGCGGAGCGACGGCCGCUGCACACGGUCGCGCUCGCCCCGCCCACAUACACUGUCAACCCCGAGCUGCUCCUCAACGACUACGUGGAGAAGGAGGCCAAGUUCCUGGGCUCGCUAUCGGGGGUGUCCGGGUGCCUGGACCCCUCCAGCCGCACAGAGAUCCUCAAGCUUCUGGACGCGGCACGGCGCGUGCACAGCCUCCCGCACCAGCCGGGCCCCGAGCACGACGCGGUGCUCAGCCUCUCGGCGUACAACCUGCGGCUGAGCGGGCGCGACUCGGAAGAGCUGCUCGCGCGCAUCCACAUCCACGACAUCGCCGCCCUCUCCUACGUGUGCGACGACGCGCAGCACCUCAUCGUCAUCAAGACAGGCCACGGCGCUGGCGAGGCCAUGGACCAGAUGUCGCUGAGGACGCAGCGCUCGCGCUCCUCCUCCCAGCUCGACGCCACCGGCUGCCCCCCCUCCGAGCACAAUUGCAACCUGGUGGUGAUGGCCGUCGACAGCAAGCACGCAGCGGAGGAGCUGUGCGCCCUCAUCGGCCAGGUGUUCCAGGUGGUGUACACCGAGUCCACCAUCGACUUCCUGGAGCGUGUCAUCUGCGACGUCGCCUCCACGCCAACCAAGCACUCGUCCCUGCACAGCAGCACCUUCACCUACUCCAGCAAGGACGUGAAGCCGGCCGUUGACCCUGACAGCUCCCUGGCGAGCUUCUCGCAGGACACGUGCUGCGAUGCGUCGCAAGCGUCCGACAAGACGCACCGGCGCAGCCAGAGCAAGACGCUCAGCGAGAGCAACCUCAGCCUCGUCUGCAAGGACCAGCUGCAGGAGUACAUGAGCACGCUGCAGACGAAGCUGUCGUCGCUGGAGAUCCAGGAGUUUGCACAGCUGCUGCACGCGUACCGCACAGGCGCCUCCAUCCAGGACUUCUGCCAGAAUCUGCGGCAGCUCUACGGGGAGAGCCGCAAGUUCCUGCUGCUGGGCAUGCGGGACUUCAUCCCAGAGAAGGACAGCCACCACUUUGAGAGCUUCCUGGAGACGAUCAGCAUCAAGGACGGCCGCGGCAUCAUCACUGACAGCUUCGGGCGCUGCAAGCGCACGUCCGCCGGCGGCCCGGCGCUGCCGCGCAACGGCGCGGACGACAGCACGGAGGGCGCGCCGUUCCAGGACCCCAACGAGUUUGACCGCAUAAUGUCGCGCAUCAGCAGCGAGCUGGAGGCGCUCGGGUGCAGUGCCGACCCGGAGCCGUCAUGACGGCGCGCGUCAGCCACGCCGGAGGACACGCCUACAGACUCGCAGGGCGAUUGCUCCCCCCCCCUCCUCACCCAUUCGUAGCCACCCCUCCCCCGCUGCCGCCUGAUCGCUCGUUAACUCGCCCAUUAGCUCGCUCGCACGCUCCGUAUUUUCACGGACGAGUAGAGGAGAAGCGGUUCGGCGAGCCGAGCGACAAGCGGCGACAUUUGGAGACCUUAAACGGAAGGAACAGUGCAACGUGCAACCUGGUGCUCGUCUGCGUGAACUUUCACCUUGGCGUUUGAAGAAUGAAAUGUCUAAAAACGGAAGGAAAUUUUAAUUGACGCGCAAAAUCAAAUGGGACCGAGACGGCAACUUUUUGACGGACGUGGGGCGGAGAGAACGGUGAUUUUGAUCACUUUAUUUUCGCAGUAAUUUUCUAAAAAUGUGUGUGGACAUCUUAUUUUGUGUUAAUGUCAUUUCAUUGCUGGCCGUGUCAGCCAAAUUGCUAUCCAUAAGUGUACUUUGCCUGUUUUUGCGAGAGCCUUUCCACUCGUGCCUGGCUUAGUGCCCUCGUGUGGUGCGUCACUUUGACGCGCGUUACAAAGUUUACAUGGGACCCCCUCCUCGCCAAUCCGCUGCCAAGAGGACGGUAGUCCUUACAAACUGCACCUACGUCCUCGCUUGCCUCCUGCAGUCAGAGGUGUCGCAGAUAACGUCCUGGUCACGCGUCGCGAUUUCUACUAAAGGAUCCGCGAGAUCCUCCACACCCGGCAGCCAAAGUGUCUUGAUAAGCUUCCGAGAAGCGCCGUUCAAUCGCAGAGCAAACUUCCCACUUUGUAGCUUCGUGUCAUGUUGGAUAUAACGGCAGAGUCAUUGCUCAUUGGCCGUUGACGAGUGCACGCCCAGCGUGACGUUCCACGUCAUCAUUGCACGGUGCGACACGGCAACGGUCUUGCCGAAAAUUUGCGCUGUGAAUGUCGUUACACGUGGGCUGGGCCUUGGAGCCAAGCUGUGGAGCAAGAGUUUGAAACUUUCUUUCGUUUGAUCUUUUAGCCUUCCCUCCCGCUGCGUUGAAGUAACUUUAUUAUUCUGACCCAUCGCUUAGCAAGCGAUGGUGCCAUUAAAUCGUGAAGUGCGCGAAGCGUAUGCAUCUUUUAUUUAUAAACCCACGUAGCUUAUUGAGUUAAACACUACAUUAUAUAUUUUAUUGUGUCCUUUUUAUAUGCCGUGUAUUCUAAGUAAGUGCUUUGUUUGGUCAAACGGCCCUUGCAGACUCCUGGCAGGUUUUACAUUUUCACACUUUCCUUCAAUGCCUAUCCAUGACAAUAAUGUAUUUUUUGUGACUAUAUUUUUAAACGUUUCGUUUGAAGCGUGCGUCAUCUGUUUUUUUUACAGCAUGUAACAAUUCUCACCCCCCUGUGAUUCUAUGAAUUGUCAUGAUUCGGGGUUCACGAUUCGACUCAACGAUGGGGUCCUCGUCGUGUCGUUUGUAAUUUUUGUUUGUAGUUUCUCAGUUCCGCAUAAUUCAUUAGCCAUGAGCUUAAAUGUAUAAUUUUGCGUGUACUUUCAUGAAUUGUAAAUGACCGAUAUUUCCACGCAGGGUUCAAUUUUCGCAAUCGAGAGCAUAGAAAUUAAUUUUAAUAAUCGAAAUGAAGGAUUGUUACAUGCUUACUAUAUAUUUUUAUCGUACCUUAUUUCAUUCCAUCAUCUUAGCCCCUUCCCCCUACCCCGUAAAUCUGGGACCUUGCCGUGGGUCUGGGAGAGCCGCUGUACAAGGUGGUGUGUGCCUCUGUUUUUCAGCGACGGAUCCAAGAGAUGGAGUUUACUGAAUCAAAAAAAUAAGAUAAAAAAACCCCGACAUAAAGAUGCAUAUGGCCCACCUGCACCGCCCACAGUGGGUUACGUGCACAUGCUGGACAUGAGUUGUGGACUAAACCAUUUUUAUGGAGGGAUGGCGUGCAUUCUAGGGGUUUAGGAAAUCUCUACCCCACCCCAUCUCUGGAUCCGGUGCUGGCUCAUUUGCCGUGUGUUUUGAUGACCGCUCUUGCGUAGGGGACCCCGGUCGGGUCCGUCUGUGCCAUCCGAACUGAAGUGCGAAAACCCUAAACCACAGAGUGGUUUUGUUACUUAAAAAAAAACAAAACACCGUGUAGUGGCUACCUCUGUACAUUUACUGUAAAGUUUAUUUUUUUGCGUUUGUCGUAUUUUAUUUUUAAAAUAUCGGAAGAAGCUACCUGUGCGGUAACUUGACAAUGUACCAAGCCACACUAUUACCUUGUAACCAGCACGUGUUUGUUGUGUGUCAAAAAGGUCCUUUGCUUCAGAGACCCUCAACCUCGCUAUGUCCCUACUGUGAAUACUCUGGUAUCAGGGGAUUCGUGCCCAGAGGAUUAAAGAGGCGUACGCACAUAGCGAUCUGCUUUUGAGUGAGCUGACGUGGAUAUCCUAGCGAAAUCACGGCAGGCAAUAUCGUGACUCGGUUGUGUCGGUCCCAGAAUCUCAAUGAAACGACGUAUUGAUGCGACAUCUGCACUGGUCACAUCCCAAGCAAAUUCCAGGUAGGAACGGGCACCUGAAUUUGACUCGAGCCCGAUCUUAAUCAUCGAGUUAGGUUGAUUGAUUGAAUCGCAAAAAAAUAUGAAGUCCCGGCUAAUGCCAUUGAUGCCACCAUCACAUCCCUCCUUUUGCCAAGACCACGACUGUUGUGAAUUUGACACUUGGCCUCCAAGAGCUGCUCUAACGGUCUAAUCACCAGCAUCUGGCUUUAGGUCUUCGCCUUGGUCACUGACCUCUGGGCUCCACUCAAAUGGUGCAACCUGGCCAUCUGCGCCCUGCACACGCGUCCCGACGAUCACAUGUACAACACUUCCGUGCCUCGUUCUAUUCCAAACUUGCAAGUUGCUGACCCUCUUCUGCCUUGGAUUUCUUAGCACCCUUUGCAAGCGGCCAUACUCUCUCACGCCAAGUCACACCUGCGUGACUCGGAAAUGUUGACGCAAAAGUCAUGCAUAUACCGCAAGUAUCAAAUUUUGAGCAACUAAUCAUCCGUACCAACUGGACAAUGGAAAAAGCAAGACCUUCCGUGGACUUAGCAAUAGCACAAACUCAGAAAUUAGAAACGUAGCCACCUUUUUCAUGAGCUUCGCUGCAUACGAGCAAAUACAUUAGCCAGUAGUCAUAGGUUUUACCCUUUUAACUGGCACGAAAAACUGACACCUUUAUUCAAGGCAUCAUGUCUGCAAUAACCACAACACAAGCAGUCAAAAUUGCAAACAAAAAGACAACUCUGAUAAUAAUAUGCACUGUCUUUGAAUUUGAUUGGUCCACACCCGAGACGGCUUUCUUUAGAGCCUAGUCUCCCCUGGUGUUGGACCAAAAGAUGCCAAAAGGCGUAGGGAGGUCUCAUACAUUAGCCAGUGUUAGCGAUCGUAAGUGUAAUUUUUUACAUUUGUUUACACGAAACUGCCAACCUAGUUUCUUAAUGUUUAAAUUGGAAUUGGUUGACAAAGUCGAGGCUUCAUGCGAACUUGCUCCAUGUGUAUGCACGCUCACGUAGCAGCUUCUGCCCGCCCUUUCACAUUCCCUUUUGACGCCAAUUUCAUAUGCAGCGCGAUGGCAUUUGUGUAUUCUUUACCUGCCUAUCUACCUACAGUACAUUGUGAAUUAUCAUUACAUUGCAGCUGGUGCUUACAGCUUGAGUUGCGUUCACGACUGUGUGCUGUUUAUUUGGUGCUGAAAUGAAUUAACCUACACACGUAGCUUCUCGCAAGCCAAUAUUAUGGGUCAUAAUUAUAAUGUGGCUUAGGCCACGUAAUGAUCCGAGCUAAAUUUGGGUUGCUGAGACCCUCGACCACCCAGCAUAGCCAAACAUUCAGAAUCAAAAGUUUAUUUACUGAGUAAAGCCCAUUGAGCUAAGAAGCCCUAUGACAUCUGCCGACUCGGCCGGCAGACGUCAGAAUUCCACAAAUUGUCACGUGUGUACAAGAGUUUAGCGUGCCAACUUUUAUCGGCUCAGCUCAGCGAACGAUUCUCUUAUUGCAUAUUGUAUUGUUAAAUUGUUCUUAAACCUACCGGUGAGCUGGCAUGAUACUGUUAAUAAUCAUAAUCGGUGCCCUAAAUACUUGCACACGUGGCAAUUCCAUUUGUUUUGACUUUAUUGCAUGGUAGAGGUUCAAAAUAACACACUUUGUCAGGUCAUUACAUGGCCUAACUCAAAACAUAAUUUUGAAAUAAACGUUUGCUAUGUGUUAGCAUCGGGAGUUGAACCUGUAUGAGAGACUCCAUGACCUGGUUGCUGCUGCUCAUCAUCAUCGCUGCUUUCCCUUUGAGAACUUUGUUAGACCGUCAGACGCAGCAAAACCUACCCUUUGUUCACAGCAGGCAACCUUUAAGAGCACAGACCCAUGAGUUGGGUGAGAGUUCAUCAUCGUCUUGCCAAGAGACACCGAGCUGGCACCGAUGAGAUUCUAGGUUCAGGCGGGUAUGUGCCUGUCAUUCUCAACGCGUUCAUAAUAGCCGUGCCAUUGGCCACGAUCGUUAUGUGAAUGGAGCCCGGUUUAUAAUGGACGUGUCAUUAUGAAUCGGGCUCCAGUAACUAGGCAUUAAACGAGGUUCACUGUCUACUUACGAGUCCCUUCACAAUGCCUCCCCCUCCCUCCCCACAUUCAGGUAUAUUUAAACUCUGACGGCAACAUUUUGGCCUGUCACGUGAUGAACUAUCAUGCAAAUAUGACGUCAUGUGUUGGGCGAGAGACCGAUUUGAAGCGACAUUCAGAAGUAGUUGUGGUCCCGUGGUGUCAUCUUCUGGAGCCUUUCUUGGCACUGACGUUACGCUGCUCACUUCGAGAGUUUCGGAUAAAUAUGCCCUGAAAGCACAAUUGGAUGCAGAACAAUUGCAUAGUCCUGGCAUAUAUCUUGCCCUCGUGUGGAUCAGAAUGUGAAGAAAAAAAAACACAGACAUGAGUUGGCAGGGACUCCCGUGACUUGUUGCAUAAAACACUUUCAGUGAAAAUAAAACUUGUUUUUGGAUAGGAAACUAAUGGUAUUCAUUUUUCACUUCAGUGGCUUAAGAGAAAAGCUGCUUAUAAGCACAGGCUGCAACCACCAUAUGUGUGCGUGCCUACAUACGUGCCGUGAUUGCCUAAGCGCUGAGUGCUUGAGGUACGAUUCGAUGUGGGAUAUGUAUGGGUCGUCAAUACCAUGAGUAGAGAUGGCUUUUUUUUUUAAGGUGAAUGCCCACCGAGACCAGAAGUAUCUCUCUUCCGUGAGGUAUUAUUGGUGGACGGAUUCGGGAGGCCUUCGUCAAGCGGUGGAUAGAUCAUGGCUGACGAUGAAGAGCCCGUUGGGAGCACACAUGCAUCGCUUUCGAGGGGAUAGACGCGGGUCAAAGGAAAUACACCACAGAGAGAGAGAGGGGGGAAAAAUAAUAGCUAUCGGGAAACAAAAAUGAUGGGGAGAGCCCCGUGGGAUAAAUAACUACACACGAAUAACACACCAACAUCAACCUGCUCGUGUAUUCAUUAUUUCUUAGUUUCCUAUAAUUUCACAGCUCUUCUAUAUAAACCAUAGCCGCCCACCGCAGUGGAUGAUGCACGCUCGGCCUUAGAGAUAAUACAGGUGGUAAAGGGCGGUGGGGGGGGGACCACAACUUGGACAUUAAAACACUACAAAAAUUAAGCAAUUUAAAGGAGGUAGAACAUACAUACUGCAAUUACAUUCGCAAAUGAAUGGUACUGCAAUGUUAAAAGCGUGCGCUCGGAUAUCCUCCCGAAUAGUGAAGUCAAUGGGGGCCGAUUUGUGGGAAGAAUCUGUCCUCCCCCUCCCCGUCUGUGACAGGUGAACAAUGUGGGCCACAUGUCUCGCCUGAAUAAAAGGGGACUAUUUAAAGUGUC